AUGGGUUGUGGACUCAGCUCAGAGGCCGCCGCAGCCCUACCAGUGCCAGUCAGUAUCUUUCAAGACAACCAGUGCCAUUGUAAUAGCAUAAAUAACACAGUGACUAUAGAUAUAUCUAAGAGUAUAGUCUACAUCCAUGCUUAUGAAUCCUUAUGUCAUCGUGGUUUUCUUUACUUUAUCCUUCAGUCCAGUCCUGACGAAGCCCUUGAGCUAGCCAUGAAGCACGGGGACAUACAGGCGCUGGAAAAGGCUCUCGAAACCCAUGCGAAUGUAAACAAGAGAGUCAAAGACGAGCACGGUACUGAGUGUACCAUUCUGCACAUGGCUGCUCGAGUUGGCAACGGAGAGGCAAUAAAGAUGAUCCUCAAGGCUGGGGCUGAUAUCCGCGCUGUAGACAGUAAUGGACAGACAGCGCUGCACUGGGCCGCUCUGCAUGAUAAACCCGACGCUGUUGUUGAGUUAGUGCAGGGAGGACUUGCCGUGGACACGCCGGGGAGUAAUGGAGAGACGGCUCUGAAAAGUGCACUCCUAAACAAAGGAAGCAGCGCGCUGGCCAAACUCAUCGAGUUGGGAGCUUCGGUACAGGAUCCGGACAAGAAUGGACUGGAAGCUCCUUUGGUUACUGCCGCCAAGAAUGACAACGUGACAUCAGUGCUGCUGUUACUCAAG